AUGCAGCAGUCGUCAGACAGCAAAGUUAAGGCUAAACAAUAGCCGUACGUUACGGAAAGCCGACGCCUUCCGACUCGCAAUAGAUUGACUACUGUAGCACUAGUAGUACCGUACUUAGCUUUACUCUCUUCACUCAUCGCAGUUUCCUCUCUCUCUCUCUCUCUCUCUCUCUCUCUCUCUCUCAUACUCAAUUUCGGCAAUGGGGAGUGUUUCGUCGGAAGAGGAUUUCGAUCCGAGCAGCAAGAGGUUCGAGAGUUACAGCCUGAGCGCCGACGUGAGUGAAUCGGAGAGUUCGAGCGCUCUCUCCUACGAUAAUCAACCCGGUUCAUCUUCCCUCACUUCUUCGCCCUUCGCCGGACCGAAUUCGUCCGGAAAUCUCGAUUUCCCGGUCCAGAUAACGCUUCCGGUCUUCGGAGACCGACACGUCAUCAUUCCAGCCGAUAAGCCGGAGAAACCCCUGGCUACCACGUCAGAUUCAUCAGAAGUAGAGCUAAUGAUGGAGCGCUUUGCGAAGCUUCUGCUUGGAGAAGAUAUGUCAGGCGGAGGGAAGGGAGUUUGUACUGCUCUUGCUAUCUCCAAUGCCAUCACAAAUCUCUCUGCUACUGUCUUUGGGGAGCUGUGGAAGUUGGAGCCAUUGGCACCACAGAAAAAGUUGAUGUGGCACAGAGAGAUGGAAUGGCUUCUAUGUGUGAGCGAUUCCAUAGUGGAGCUCAUUCCAUCACUACAACAAUUCCCUGGUGGUGGGACGUAUGAGGUUAUGGUGACUCAACAACGCCUGGAUCUUUAUGUUAAUCUUCCCGCAUUGAAAAAACUCGAUGCCAUGUUGAUUAGCAUGCUUGAUGGGUUUCGUGAUACAGAAUUUUAUUAUGUUGAUCGCGGAGUAGUUAUUGCUGGUGGUGAGAGCACUGAAGCAUAUCCUGCGCCCCCUUCUUCAGGGAGGCAUUCAAUUAGGAUGGAAGAGAAGUGGUGGCUGCCUUUCCCAAAGGUUCCAUCCAAUGGGUUGUCUGAAGAUACGAGGAAGAGAUUGCAGAAGUGUAGGGAAUGCACAAGUCAAAUAUUUAAGGCUGCGAUGGCAAUCAAUAGCAGUGUAUUGGCCGAAAUGGAAAUACCAAAUAUUUACACGAAGAACCUGCCAAAGAGUGGAAAAGCUUGUUUAGGUGAAAUCCUUUACAGAUACUUAACAGCAGAUCACUUCUCUCCAGAAUGUCUUCUAGAUCACUUAGACCUGUCAUCUGAAUACAGCACUCUAGAAAUAGCAAACACGAUAGAGGCUGCUGUUCACAUUUGGAAGCAGAAGUGCUUGAAAAGGAGUUCUAAACAAGUGAAGCCUGUUAGGUCGUCAUGGGGUGGCAAGGUUAAAGGACUUGUUGCUGGCACAGAAAAGAGUAAACUUUUAGUAAAACGGGCUGAGACCCUGCUGCAGAACCUAAAGUUACGAUUCCCUGGCCUCCCACAGACCGAUUUGGACAUGAACAAGAUUCAGUAUAACAAGGAUGUGGGACAGUCGAUUCUUGAGAGCUACUCGAGAGUGAUGGAAAGCUUGGCAUUCAACAUAAUGGCGAGGAUAGAUGACCUACUAUUUGUCGACAAUGCCACAAAGCAACGAUCUGCUUCAGAGUUAGCAUCUACGGCUAACCGGGGAGGUUUUGCUGGUGUGCCUCCAAUGCAGAAGAGGUUUCCACCUAGCCCGUUUUCAAGUAAACUAAAGUCCUUCGACGCUCCGUUGAUCGCACCAAUAUUCAGCUCUUCGAAACAAAAAUUUGAAAGCCCCACAAGGGAAUAUUAUUUGGCAAACAGGAGGUGUCGUUGGGGUCUCCGGAAUGAGAAUUGAGGAAAACUGACUUUCUAAAGAUUGCAAAAGAUUACAGUUAUGCAGGGAAGUUGUUCCGAAUAAUGUAGCUAAAAUGCUGAUGGUGGAGGGAUUGGUAAUUGAGGCAAGUGAGUAGAAUUCAUGUACAUUUUCUAAGUCAGCUCGGACAGUAGUUGAAAUUCUGGAGGUAAUUUACGUAUUUUUAUUCGUUAGUAUUGUGUUUCUAAUGGAUAGGAACAGGGACUUAGGUUUUCAUUA